AUGACUGAAAGAUGUCAAAAACAGUUUACAGGAAAAAAUCGUAAUCAAAAUUUUAUUAUUUACGGAGGAAUUCUUUCUGCUUUACUAGCUGUUUUAUAUUUUUACAGAUUUCACUUGGUCACAAUAAUAGUGAGUUAUGGAUUGGGAUGUGUGGCUUGUUAUUAUGCUAUUACCACUGACUUUUUGCGAAACUAUGUUGAACAAAUUACGUGCCAUUUCAUACAAAAAUCACCAGAAAAAGCGACCCCGAGAAAGCAGGGUUGCAACACUUGUGGAUCAAGAGAGUGUGAUCGUCAUGAUCCUCAAAUGUCUGCAGAGCCCUGGAGAGGGCUACAAAUACAUAAACAGUUGGAUCAAGCCAUAGAAGAUUUUUACAAUACAAUUUUAGAGCAAUUUAUAAAUUCAUGGUACACCAAGAUUACAAUCCAACCGUUUUUCGUGGACGAAUUAAGGCAUCAACUGAGAUUUGCUUCAGCAUCAUUAUUAAGGAGGGCAUUGAAAAUAGAUUAUGCUAAACUGAUAUCAGAAAGGUUGGUCCCGUGUGCGUUACGUCACUACAGUGUGGUGACGUCAGGGGCUAGGCCGUGUAUGCACGUAGCGGCGAGCAACCGUUCCGCUGAGUUGCGAUAUCUGCGCUGUGUGACUGAGGCCUUAUUGCCGUAUUUGCUGAGGAAUAAUGAGAUUCAAAAUUCAGUAUUUAAAGUUUUAAUACGAGAAAUAUUCGCGGGCUGGGUGCUUCUUUCGCUGACUGAUGUGUUGGCGGAUCCCUAUAUUCUGAACACGCUUAUUAUUUUAGCCACUAGUAAUGAAACAAUGGCGCCAUUACCAGCCACGCCUAACUAUAAAGUGGAAUUUCUUGAGACAUUCGUGCGUCAGACGGAGUCUGUGUAUGCGCAGCGGCCUCGUCUUCUGCGCGUUGAGCUGGAUUUACUGGUUCACGAGCCGGACCACUUUUACGCCUUCAUGCAGCACUUGAAGAGCAGCGGAACCAUACACGUGCUGCACUUCUAUAAGGAUAUCAAAUCGUUUCAAACUCGAAUACUCAACCCUGAACUGACAGCUAAAGAGCAAGCCCAAUUACACCGCGAAGCGAAAGAGCUGUACCUCAGGUAUAUCGCCGUCUCGCUCCCGUGCGUCACUUUACCGGAUGCGCUAGAGCGAGAGCUCCGAGACAUGCUGAAUACAAGCGAGGAUUGUAUCAAAAGGUUGCAAACAAGUCGGGCACUGUACCAGGCUGCUCACCAAUCCCACGCGAUGCUGGAGAAAGUAUUGAUGCCCAAGUUUCUGCACAGCGACGAAUUCUACAAAUUGUUGAUCGGACCAAGAAUACCUACUGGAUAUCAUAAGAUGCUAACCAAAAGGCCUCAAGAAAAACCAUUUAAAUUAGGUACUAAAUUACGCAACGUGCUUCGCUCUCAGACGGUAGAUGGGCAAGUACUAGAAUCUAAUCUAACUGAUGAGGAAGGUUUGGAAAAUGUGGAUAUCCUCAAGUAUCUGGACUCGUUAGCGGCUGACGACAGCCUCGGCGAUCAAGACCUUAGCACAUAUAAGGUUGUGUUGACGAACGUUGAGACUAGAUUGCAACCCCCGCCUCGCCGCGGCCCAGUCAGAGUCUUUAGCAUGGCGGUGCACCAUGUCAGGCCAGGUGUCACUGCCAACCUUUGGACCGUCGAACGCACUGAACACGACUUCCAUCUACUAAGGAGUAAGCUUCAAGAGUUCCAUGGUGACCGAUUGCUGGCUCAUUUACCUUUGCCUUCUAGAAGAGACAACAGCCCACUCGAAACGCUCCGAUACAAGUACGAAGACUUCUUACAAAGGAUUCUUCAAAUAACCCUACUUCAGACGAGCGAAUUGCUGUACCUUUUCCUCACUGUUGACACGGACUUCUCGUUGGUGGUCCAGGCUUCGACGCUCAACGUAGGCACGGAUCUUGGGAACAUAUAUCAGUCUGUGACACAUAGAUUGAGAAAGGAAAAGGGGCAACAUCUCGAAAGCUUUCUGAGGAACUUCCUAAUUUCGUCCGAUAAGGAACGAUACCAAGCGCUAAAACAAGGUACAACACGCGAAGUCGAAGAGGCCCAAGAAGUGAACGAGAACGUUGACGUACCCGCCCGGAAACAUUACGUACGGAAUAUACGCAAUCGAACGUUCGAGAACAACUUCGACGCACGGCCUAUUAUCACGGAUAGAGAUAUGAAGCACCAGACUAGCGUGGUGGGAUUUACUCAGUGCGUUAUGUAUAUUUUACUGAGGGUAGUAAAAACACACCAAAUCGUUACGGGGGUCAUUGGAAAUGUAUUGUCGAUGGCUCGUGGAUUGGUGGAUAGUGCAUUUAAUACAACUCUCAACCAACGACUCUGCGACUUGCUCAGUGAGAGGAGAUUAGCGCACCUUAUUCGAUUAGGGCAUGGUAUUCUGUUCAGCAAGCGUCCGUCAGUGCGCAGUGACGUAAUCCAGCACCGGGCGGUUGCGCGUGCGCGUAUAUCCACGUGUUGCAAUCGCCGCGAGCUCUUCGUCCUGGGGCCGGGGCUUCAGCGCGCGGCGCUAACCACCUUCGAUAUUAUACAGAACCCGCUGCUAAAUAAACAGUUGGUCUACAACUUACUAGAUCUGUGCAUUUUGGAAUUAUUCCCAGAAUUGCGUAGGGACGCCAGUUGA